AUGUUUCAUACGAGAUAUCUAUUCAGUUUUAUUCUCUUACAUUUGAUUUUUGCUAUUCCACAAAUCAAUCUUCAUUAUACAGAGUGGGUAAGUGAAAAUGAAAGUAAUAAUGUAUUACAACAUGAUUGUUUGCGUGUCUCUGCUUCUAUUGAUGAAGCAAAUAUUAAUCAUGAAAUUAUAUCAUUUUGUAUGAAUGAUUUACCAUCGAAAUUUCAUAUCGAAAACAAGGAUAUUUUUCCAAAGUUUACUUUUGCUCAACUUUCGAAAUUGGGUAUUACUAGUCAACAAUUAUAUGUUUGGUCAGCACCGAUCGACCUUGUUGAACGCUAUUAA